AUGCCAAAGAACACCAAGGUGACCCAGAGGGAGCACAGCACUGAGCCUGUCACUGAGUCUGUGGCUGACCUGCUGUCCCUGGAGCACCCCAUGGACUAUAAGAGCAGUCAGAUGAGUAUGGGCCUGAGUCCUGGUUCGACUGCUCCAGGAAAGGCCCUGCUACCCUCCCCUGACCCAGACGCUGAGGAUGGCAGACCAGCUUGGAACAACAAGCUGGAGUACAUUCUGGCCCAGGUGGGCUUCUCUGUGGGACUGGGCAACGUCUGGAGGUUUCCCUACCUGUGCCAGAAGAACGGAGGAGGUGCAUAUCUGGUGCCCUACUUUAUUCUCCUCCUACUCAUCGGCAUCCCCUUGUUCUUUCUGGAGCUGGCGGUGGGUCAGAGGAUCAGGCGUGGCAGCAUCGGGGUGUGGAACUACGUCUACCCACAGCUGGGAGGCAUCGGAGUUUCUAGUCUGAUGGUUUGUGGUUUUGUGGGCCUCUAUUAUAAUGUCAUUAUCGGCUGGAGCAUCUUCUACUUCUUCCAGUCUUUCCAGUAUCCACUGCCUUGGGCUGAAUGCCCCAUCCAGAGAAAUGGAAGCCAAGCCAUCGUGGUGCCGGAGUGUGAGAAGAGCUCCGCCACCACUUACUUCUGGUACCGUCAGACGCUGAAUAUAACCAGCACCAUUGACGACACUGGCGGCCUGAACUGGAAGAUGACCCUGUCCCUGCUGGUGGCCUGGAUCAUGGUCUGCCUGGCUGUUAUCAAGGGCAUCCAAUCCUCUGGGAAGGUGAUGUACUUCAGCUCCCUCUUCCCGUACUUGGUGCUCUUCUGUUUCCUGGUACGAGGUUUACUGCUGAAGGGAGCGGUGGACGGCAUCGCUCACAUGUUCACCCCUAAGCUGGAAAAGAUGCUGGAGCCUCAGGUGUGGAGAGAAGCAGCCACCCAGGUCUUCUUUGCCCUCGGUCUGGGCUUUGGAGGCGUCAUCGCUUUCUCCAGCUACAACAAGCGGGACAACAACUGCCACUUCGAUGCAGCGCUCGUGUCCAUCAUCAACUUUGUUACCUCCAUCCUGGCCACUUUAGUGGUGUUUGCUGUUCUAGGGUUCAAGGCGAAUGUAAUGAACGAGAAGUGUGUCGUCGAGAAUGCAGAGAAGAUCCUGGGCUACCUAAACACUGGUGUGCUGAGCAGAGAGCUCAUCCCUCCUCACAUCAACUUCUCCCACUUGUCCUCUCAGGACUACGCAGAGAUGUACGGCGUCAUUAAGACAGUGAAGGAGGACAGCUUUGGCCAGCUGGGCCUGGACGCCUGCGUACUGGAGGACGAACUCAACAAGGCGGUUCAGGGCACUGGUCUGGCAUUCAUUGCCUUCACAGAGGCUAUGACACAUUUCCCUGCCAGUCCCUUCUGGUCUGUGAUGUUCUUCUUCAUGCUAAUCAACUUGGGGUUAGGGAGCAUGAUCGGCACCAUGACCGGCAUCACCACACCCAUACUGGACGCUUUCAAGAUCCGGAAAGAGAUCCUGUGUGUGGUUUGCUGUGUCAUAGCUUUCCUGUUGGGCCUGUUGUUUGUGCAACGUUCAGGGAACUACUUUGUCACCAUGUUUGAUGACUACUCAGCUGGUUUGCCGCUCACUGUGGUCGUGAUCCUGGAGAACAUCUCUGUAGCCUGGAUCUAUGGCACUAAGAGGUUCAUGCAGGAUCUGGAAGACAUGCUUGGUUUCAGGCCGUACUCUUUCUAUUACUACAUGUGGAGGUAUGUGUCUCCAGCUGUCUUGGUGGUGCUCAUUUGCGCCACUGUUAUCGAGAUGGCUGUCAGUCCUGCAGGAUACAAUGCCUGGGUGGAGUCUGAGGGCUCAGAGCGCUUCCACAGCUACCCUCCUUGGGCUUUAGCCAUGGCCUACGCCCUCAUUAUUGUGGCCAUGCUGCCUCUACCUAUCGUCUUCAUCGUCCGCCACUUCAACCUCAUCUCAGACGGCUCCAACAAGCUGUCUGUCUCCUACCGUAAAGGCAUGAUGAAGGACAUCUCCAACCUGGAAGAGCAGGACGAGCAGCGCUUCAUCCUCAGCAAGAACCCCAGCGAGGCUCCCUCCCCAAUGCCUGCCCACCGUGCUUACCUGGGCCCCGGUGGCACUCAGGAGAUGACCAACACUAACUACGGCACCAGCACCAAGACGGGCUACCAGAACAUCGGCUCGCCUGAGUCUGAGCUAUGA